CCCCUGCCGGUCGAACCUGGCAACCCGCAAGCUGCCUGCCUUGCGCAGAGCGAGCGGGGGAGAAGCGGACCUGGCAACCCGCUGGCAGCCUGCAUGGCGAGCUGCCUGUGCGGAAGCAAAACUGGCAGGCAGGAACCGACAAAACGAACCUUCAUUUCGCUCCUCUUUUGAAUAUUGACAUUAAAGUGCGCGCUCAUUUUAGCUCUCCUGUGUCAGCAGUAGUUGUUUUCUGUGUUGUUGUUUUUCUCCCCACCAAAACGCGAGAUCAGGAAACAAUUGUUUGGAUGUGACACUUCCGUGCGGACUUUUGUUUUUGUUUUUUGGUGGACCUUUUUCUUGUUGUUGUUGUUGUUGCACAACAAGCAUGGACGUGCUGGCGAAUUACAGCAUUUUCCAGGAACUCCAACUGGUGCACGACACUGGUUAUUUCUCCGCGAUGCCUUCCCUGGAGGAGAACUGGCAGCAGACAUGUCUGGAGUUGGAGCGUUACCUCCAGACGGAGCCCAGAAGACUGUCGGAACUCCUGGACGAGGACCUGGACCGCCUCCUGGCGCCCGCCCUCACGCGGGGCAGCGACAGGUACGAGGAGCUUACGGACCCCCUCCUGCCCAGUUUCCCGGCGCAGCCCAGCCCGCUCCCCAAAGUCCACGCCAAACUCCUUCAGACUCUGACAGACAGCAAGGAUCAAGUCCUGGUGUCGGGUGUGAGCGCCGCACAGCUCAGCGCCGCCGUCACGUCGCUAACGCCGCCCUCGUCCCCCGAGUUGGGGCGACACCAGGGGAAACAGGCGGGUGGCGCGCUCACGCUCAAGCUGGUGGCCAAGAAGGAGGGCCUGGGGGCGGCCAAGUUGGUGGCAGCGCGGGCGCUGACGUCUCCCCCGCCGCCGCGGCCGCCGGGCCCGGGGGAGGGGGCGCUCAGCGACGGGGAGCAGCGAGGCGGGCCCGGCCUGGCGCGAGACUCGCCUGAGAACAAGAAGAGAAUACACAGGUGUCAGUUUAAUGGCUGCCGCAAGGUUUACACCAAGAGCUCGCACCUCAAGGCACACCAGAGGACGCACACAGGCGAGAAGCCAUACAAGUGCUCAUGGGAAGGGUGCGAGUGGCGCUUUGCCCGCAGCGACGAGCUGACGCGACACUAUCGCAAACACACUGGAGCCAAGCCCUUCAAGUGCAACCAUUGCGACAGGUGUUUCUCCAGGUCCGACCACCUGGCGCUGCACAUGAAGCGCCAUGUCUGAAGGGGGCCGCACCACCCAGCAGGACAGAAUAACAAGAACAAGAAGGGAGGAAGAAGCCCGCCGACCACCGCGCGGCGUCUCGCGGGAGAGGAGGAGGAGGAAUAGUUAGAUUGUUGCUUUUCAUUCACUUACACACACUCGCUGUUUUUAACACGCCGUCUUCGAACGCAUCACACCGGUUUAACUUCUUGACCUUUCUUAGAAAAAGUCGUCACAUGCUCGUCUUUGUACAGUCCAACUUUCUGGAUUUUGGUUUUGUGGCGUUUCCUCUCGAGAGCGCCAUCCAGUCCAAGAUAACUACACAAUCUGACAUCCCAGAGACUCGCCGCCAUCUUGCCGGCUCUCCUCCGACGCCAAUGACGCAACGGAAGCCGAUGCGUGGCACCUGGCGGGAGAAAAUGCGCAGCGCCACUUUGAUUUUUUUUCUACUGGGAGAACCACAAGGAUUCUUCUUGUUGAUGACAUUUGAGACACUUUUUGCUCUUUUUCUCAUUUGAAGAAAAAUGUCUUGGAACUCAGCAGAAUGUGAGAGGACUGGCCAAUCAAAGAAACAGGAACAGGGAGUGCUUCUUUUAAAACUUCCUGUUUGUGCCGCACGAUGUGGGAGGUCACAAGGAACGCCGCUAAUUAGCUGCUAAGUUAGCUGCUGAUGUAGCCGAAAUUAGCCUAUAUUAGCCGCUAACUUAACCGUAAACUUAGCCGCUAACUUGUUAGCUGAUGACUGCACUGACUGUUUUUCUAAUGUUCCAUGCUUUUUGCUACUGCUAAUGGAAAAAAAAAAAUCAACAAAAAAAUGGAGAUAAACCACAAAAACAUUAUGAACAUGCACGCGCACACACACACACACACACACACACACACUGUUGAUGUUCAAAUGGCUUUUCACAAUUUUUUUUUUCUGACGACAAAUGAUCUUAUCCUGGUUUCCAUAGCGACCUUUUCUCGAUCAGCUUCUCUCAUGCUUUUCUCUUUGGAAACAUCAACCGUGUGCGCUGGAAAGUUGCGCCUGCCUGGUGCCGUCGACGGCGUAAAAACCUGGAGGGCGGCACGGGAGGGUCCACAGUGCAGCUUGGAACAAUCGAUACCAAAAACCUCCGGCGUGGAUUCACCAUUUUGAGGCAGCUCCACCACGUUCCCUUACGGAGGAAAAGGGGGUACGAAAAAAAAUACACCGCCGUCCGUCAAAGCCAAUUUCCCCUCCGUUUGCUGUUGUGUGUAAAAGGUACCCAAGCGGAAAAGGCUGUUAAAGUGGACUAGCGAAUUUCCGUCUUUCUGAGGUAUGAUCAGAAGCGGGAUGACAGCUGUGUGGAAUUCCUAACACUGACACUCACUUUUCCAGCCCUUUUGCGUCAAAAGCAAUUGUCCAAAUAUUUUAUACUGCUUUGCUAGUUUCAACGUGAAAGGGGCUCAUAAUGAGACGUACAAUCACGGAGGGACGCCAGUUGCACUUUUCAAGGCACGAACGUGUGGCUGCGUCUGUGUAAAACCUCUUACUCGUAAUUUGGUCAUUACAAAACUCAUCAAAAUCAUUUUUUUUUUUUUCCCGACGCUUCGGCCUCGCUCGGCCUGCUUGUUUUGUUUCAGCUUGACUCCCCCGCUAGCUCCCGAUUAGCAUAAGCACUAGAGGCGUCACAAUUAAUUGAUUAAUCUUCAACUAAUCAAUCAUCAAAUUAAUACACAACUACUUUAAUAAUUGAUUCAUCAUUUAGAGCCAUUGUUUAACUAGAAAUUGUCCAAAUCCUCUCAUUUGAACCACUCAGCAGUAAACAUUCUCUGAUUUCUGUAGUCGUCCAUGAAAGCAGACUGAUUAACUUUGUGCUGAAUCAAAAUGAGACAAAAAUGAUUUUGCAACUUUAAUGCAUCGUCAAUUUGUAUCCAAUUAUUCAAUGGAUUGAAAUGAUUGAUAGAAUAAUCGAUUAUAAAAAUAUUCGAUAGUGAUAGCGGUCCCUAACAUUUGUCAGAAAAUCGGCAAACAUGUUGAUCAUUGUUUCCCAAAGUAAAAGCAGAUGUUUGCAACUGUCUUAUUUUGAUUACACACAAAGUUAAUCCGUCUGCUUUCAUGGAGGACAACAGCAAUCUGAGAAUAGUUACUGUAUUGUUGUGAGGCAGAAAUCAAACGAUUUGGACCAUAUUAAGGUUAAAAAAAAAAAAGGUCUCUCAACAAUUAUUCAAUUAUUAAAACAGAUGCUGAUGAAUUUGAUUGUCGAUUACUUGUCAAUUAAUCAAUGAAUUGUGACACCUCGCGUCCAACCCCUGUGGAUCCGUUUAGUGGGAGCUAACAAAUGAGUAGAUUAGCAUGAACAGCCGCUAUAUGCUAAAAACGGCCUUUUAGUGUAAAAUAAUGUGGCUUAUCUAGCCAGGGUAGAAGCUCGAGCUGUAGCUUUAGUGUAGUUACGUCAUGUUAACGUAAUGCAAGUAGCUACUAGUUAAUGGCUAGCUUAGCAUCGGCAAAGGACUUCUUCUGGUACACACAUAAAGAUAAUCGGGCUGUUAUUUGUCCCGAUUUCGCAACUGAUGACAAAUUCCAGGCUAUCUUAUGUCUACAAGACUAUCCUGUAAAAUAAUCCUGUGGUCUGAGGUUUUUUAAGAGUGGUUUUGUCCUGGUAAUAGGGUACCACCCUGCAAAAACGCAAAACCUUACGUAGUGAUUUUAGCUUAUUUUAGUAAAAAAAAAAAAAAAACUUUUACCGUACUUAAAGAAAGUUUGACUUUUUUUUCUAAAUUUUCAGCAAGAUGAAAAGACUUGUUUUAAGAUAAAGGGUCUUAUUUUAAGAAUCGUAAGAUUUUUUCACUUUAAACAAGACAUUUUCUCCGUAAGUGGAAAAUCUGUCAAUGGAACUAGUAUGAACUAAGUUCUUAAGAUUCUUAAAAUAAGAUGCUGUAUAUUAAAACAAGUCUUUUUAUCUUGCUGAAAAUUGAAAAGUCAAAACUCUCUUAAAAUAAGUACAGUACGAUGUUUUCACUAGAAAUAAGAUAAUUCACUAGGUAAGAUUUUGCGUUUUUACAGUGCAAAAGGGUCGGGUUUGACAAUGGGAAAUAUUAAACGUGCUCAAUAUGUACAACCAAAAAUCUGACAGACCUACAGACAAUCUGGAGUCUUUAAUGAACCUACCAUGCAUGUUUUUGGAAUGUGGGAGGAAACCGGAGUACCUGGAAAAAAACCCACACGGGCAUGAGAAGAACAUGCAAACUCCACACAGGGAGGCCGGAUUUGAACCCGGGACCUCAGAACUGUGUGAGGCAGAUGUCCUUACCAGUUUUUCACUGUGGCGCCUGUACCAGCUGUCAUAUUUUGUCACCAUUCUACAACACUCCCAAUUCCAGGCAACGCAACAAACAUUGGCGCAAUAUUUCUGGUUGCCUGUAAAAUCAGCCCUUCAAAAUAAAAGCAUACCAGUAAAAUAACAGAGUUCACACACCCAAAACACAAAAGACCGCCGCACCUCAGAAAUGGAGGACAAGCUCGUGAAGCUGUGGGAAGCCUGAGAGUGUUUAUUUAAUGUCUCUGGCAAGUUUUUCCACAAUUUUAUCAUCACAUUAUCAGAGCACACCAUACACAGUAUGACAAAAAUUGUUAAAUGCCUGAUUUAUUUGUAUUUUAUUUCGAUCUUCAUGUGUAACAGAUAAACAAUCUUUUAAGAUUUGAAAAAUCCUUAUGUGUGUACCAGGCCUAAGUUUUAGGUUAGGUUUGUUGACUCCGAAGGAUUCCAAAGAGAGACUCACCAGCCAAUCGUGGUGCAGGACUGCCUGAAGGAGGCGGGGCCAUCUCACCAGUUGCCAGCUGCGUCUGUUAGCUUUUGUACAUAGCGUGACUUCCUGAGCCACUUCCUGCUUUAGUUGUCGCCAACGUUCCACUACGUAUGUGAUCACACUUGCUGCACUGCUAGCGUAGUCUCGUCGCACAUCCACGCCUCGCCACCAGGGCGACAACGCGUCGCAUACCCGUCAAUCAAAUGCCUUGACACUCAGUCACGUGACUCUCUUGGCGUCGCUGCUAUCACAUGACUCACUAGCGUCAUUAGCAUCAUUAGUGUGUGUUUUUUAGCACCUUUUUAUAACCCAAACAUACCACAAAUGUUUUUUUUUUUUUUGUUUGUUUUUUUUUUUUUUUUUUGGGGGGGUGGUGGGGGUUUAAGCGAAAUCUGUCACCAAAUAUGUUGAGAAUUCCCGAAAAAGUCACUCGAAACAUUUUGGUUUUAUGAGCUAAGUGGUACUACAACAGAGCGAGCUCAUGCUAGGCCUUCACAAGGAUUUUUCUUUUAUUUAUUUAUUUUUUAACAUUAAAUAAAAAAACUUUAAAAAGUGACAGAUUUUGUGAAAAUACUCAAAUCAACAAGAUUUUAGCUGUGGUCACUGAGUCCCAAAGCAGAGACGCACUAGCAUCAUUAACGUAUGUUUGUUUUGCAACAUUUUACACACUGAACACACCCCAACGAAUCGACCGAACGAAUCUGGCCAAAAAUAAAUAAAGAAAUAAAUCAAACCAUCAUAAGUGGGAACAAUGAAAUUCUUUUAUUUGAAUUUGAACUUUUUUUUUCUCAAAAUAUUUUGCCAUGAAAUUCUGACAAAAGAAAUGUUGACCCCCACUGAAGUUAGUGGCGCCCACCAAAGAAGCAAAUUGGUACUGCAACAGCGUGCUCGUUUGCUCAUUAAAGGCAUUCAAAUAAUUUUCUCAUCAACACUUUGAUAAUAUGUUUGAACAUCAAUUAACAUGACAUAAAAAGUGAUAUUUUUCAGGAAAAAAAUACUCAGAUCAAAUCAGUUUUCUUUGUGGUCACCGAGUCCCAUAGCCGGCACCUUUUUUUGCUGUACAAAGUGUUGAAAUGAUAUGAUUUGUAUGAUACAACAUUAUGUUGUUUAUUGACGAGGGAGAGUUUAUUUUUGUUACUGAAUGUGUUUGAUAAUUGUUUUUUUCUAAAUUGGUAUUGUAUCAUAUCUAUGCAACGCGUGUUCAGUGGAGCCUUUUUAUUUAAGAAUGUACAAAUCUGUGUCAUAAAUGGUAGAAUCUCAA